ACACCUGUAACUUUAUCUUGACACUUUCUCCGCAGUUGUGGGUGGGGUUCACAAGUUUUCAAGUUGAUGGAAAAUUAACCAUAAAUGUGCAACGGGUGUAAUGUUGGUGAGACUUGUGGGUUAAUCAUUGAAUCACGUACAAGAUAGAGAUAAAGACUGGCUCAGACGAGAAAUAGCACUGAGCAUUCAGUUUUUUUUCUCUCAUAAGACAGUGACUAGAAAACAGACAUUGCUGUCACUGGCUUUUCAUAUAAUAUUCAUUGAUUCACAGUGUAUUGUCUGCAGGAGGACAUACAAAAGGUGUACAGUGUCUUUCUGAUACCUGUAUGUCUCUGUAGUUUAUAGAGGGCUACAGUAAAGUAGAUGACUAACGUAAGACUGCCCUCUAUGCAAAUGACCAGUGACUAAAUAAAACUGGUUGUUUGGAUACCCAACACUUCCACAGAUCGCGGCCUUGCUUUUUCACAGCUGUUCUACUUCUUCACUCUGCUUUCGUGUUAAGUCUGCUUUUGAAGCACAUCUUAUCACCGCUGGACAUUGAAUUUCAUGGAUUCUUGACUCUUUAUUUUUCUUCUGUGGUAAUGUUAAUUUGGUUGCUGAUUAGUGUCGAUUCUAUGCAGCCAGUGCCUCGAAAAGUUUGAGGUGGGCUGACUGCAGCGAUGUCCAGAUCCACAAAAUCAGCCUCGAGGUCUCGGAGCCGCUCCAGGUCCCGAUCAAGAUCCUGCUCCACCUCACGUUCCAGAAGUCACUCCAGGUCCCGGUCCAGGAAACGUCGCUACAGCUCUAGGUCUCGGUCACGGUCAAGAUCUCAUUCUCCACCUCACAACCGGGAAAAGAAAUAUCCGAGGGGAUACCAGAACAAUCGUGAGUACCGGGGCUACCACCGCGGCUUCCGGAGGCCAUACAACUUCAGGGGCCGAGGGAGGGGCUUCUUCCCACGUGGACGCUACCAGCGUGGUGGUGGUGGCUAUAACAAUAACAACAACUUCCGCCCCUGGAACUGGAAGAAUUACAAGCAGAAUCCUCAAAAACAGCAACAAUAUCAGCAGCAGCAGCAGCAGCAGCAAAACUAUUCACAAGGACGAUCUCACAACUUCCAGAAACGCUCUGGAAGCCCCCCUCGUGGUCACUCUCACCACUCUGACCGAUCCUCCUCACCAUUAUCCAGACACUCGCAGCAUUCUUCCUCCUCCUCACACUCCUCUCCCAAAUGCAGGGAAACCUUGUUUCCGACUAACCAAAACUCCAAAGAUGUGAAAGAGGAGCUCUCAGCUUCCAAGGAGGUCCUAAAGGAAGCAGGGGGAGAUGGGGAGCCAGUGGAGCUCACCAGGGUGUUGGCAGGGGAUGCCAAGGAAGGUGCAGACAGUGGGAAAACUGAAGGGAACAGGCAGAGCCUGACAGACUGCAGCAGCAGUCCAAAGAGAACGAGUCCUGUUAUUGUUGGUCAGAACAGCCAAACUACUAACCAGUCCAGUCCCGCCCCUAAAACCACCAACGACAUUAGCAAUGGUGCCCCCUCCUGGCAGAAGGUGUGUAGUUCAUCCCCAACAAAAAAACCCUCACGUGAAGGUCUAAAUCCAAUGCUUUCCAGCUUUGACUUCUUCUCCAAUGAGGAAUACCUGGAUGGAGAUAAAAAAGCAAUCUCCAUUGCCUUUGGAAAGUUUUUGGAGGAGCAAAAUAAAAAAGCAAAAUCUUGGGAAAAUGGCAAGAACACAGAAACCAAUGAUGUGGUUAUGGAACAAGGGGAAUUAAAUGGCAACACAAAGAUUAUCUCUGACUCAGUAUCGAGAAAAUACAAAGAGGAUGGUGGAGUUUCUUUGAACAGCUUUUUGAAAGCUUCUCCUUUUCUGUCUGCUGACGGGGAGGAAGAGGAUGAGAUGAUGGUCAAGUCUCAUUCAAAGUCACUUCAGAAAGCCUGGCACAAUGAGGACGAGUCCUUUAAGUCAAAGAUCAGGGUCACUCACUCAGCCCGGGAAAUGUUUGGAGAAUGCUUUAGCAAAUGGCAGAAUUCACAGGUAGCCAACAGUGACCUUGAUGCCAUGGCAGAGGACAUAUAUCUGAGUCGAAAACAGGAUAAAGCAGUGGCCAUUGCCGCUGCUCUCAACAAAAGAGAGUUAGCAGGAAAAUUUGAGGAACUGUCCCCAGACUUGGGUGGUAAAGCCAGGAAGCUGGCAAAAUCUCCCUCCAUCCCAUCUCCUUCACCGCCACCAAGAAGGAACUCUGACAGAGAAAUGUUUAUGAUCAGGAUUGAGGACUCCCCUUUCACAGCCUCAAGAAAACAGGAGGCAAAAGUAAAUGUCAGAAUGGAUUUCCUUGGAGAAAGUCUGAUCAGCUCUUCUGAUGUUCUAGCUGAGGAGCGACAGUUGUCUCAGGAUCUUGUGCAGUCCUCAAAAAAGGAUCAGGAGUUCCGCUCCAUCUUUCAACAUGUUCAAAAUGCUAAUUUACAGAGGAGUCCGUCUGAGCUGUUUGCUCAACACAUUGUCACCAUUGUUCACCACAUUAAAGCUCAGCACUUUCCGUCUUGUGGAAUGACUCUAAACGAGCGAUUCACCAUGUACCAAAGACGAGCUGCAGAGAGGGAAAUGAUGAAGCCAAGAAAAAGCCCAGAGAUACACAGGAGAAUUGAUGUUUCACCCAGAGCUUUUAUGAAACACUCUCAACUUUUUGAGGCGAUGAAAAGCUCAGAGGAUGGCACUUACAAGGACGGCGGGGAAAAAAUGAAGGGUGAACCAAUGGACCUUCGUUUGGAUAUUGAACGACGUAAAAAAUAUUUCACCCAUGAAAGAGAUUAUAAUCAGGAUCGGGGAAGAGAUACGGGAGAUUCCCCAGAUACUAGUAAAGAGAGAUCUGUGGAAAAGUCCUCCAAAUGCCACAAGAAAUCAAAGAAAAGUAAGAAGAAGCGCUCUCGCUCAAGUUCAUCCUCAUCUUCCUCGUCCUCCAAGUCUCAAAAAGAGGAUGUGCCCCAUGGCAAGUCUGAGCCCAAAGAUAAGGGCUUUAACAGAGCCCGACUGGGUCAGAUGGAGUCACCAGGAUCUGUUGAAAGAGGAGGGCCACGUGGAGGAUUUCAAUUCCGAAUUCAUGGAAGGGGCUGGAACAGAGGCAAUUAUCAGGGAAACUGUUCUCAAAGUAACAACAUGCAGAACAUGGCAGCACACCCAAAAAAUGAAGACUGGGACCCAGAGUACACUCCCAAAAGCAGAAAAUACUACUUGCACGAUGACAGAGAUGGGGAGUUCAAGUGGGUGGACAAUCGAGGGCGAGGACGGGGAAGCUUCUUGCGCGGUAGGGCACGUUUCAUCAUCCGCAAAGCCACUGGGGGCCCCAACACCAUCAGCCCCAAAUGGGCCCAUGACAAGUUCCAGGUCAAUGGGGAGCAAGGUGGCGAGCAGGAAGAGGAGACAGAACAGGACCAUAAAGACAGAGAAAUUGAUGGAGAGCAUACUUGAGCAGUGAAGCAAUGUGCUGAAAAUCUUAAUUUUCUUCUUCUGUGUUGUUAUGGGAUCCGACUCAGCGAUUUUAUCCACCACAGUGGAUUCAUAAAUGCAGAUUAAAUAGUUUUAAGACUCAGCUAUCACUAGUAAAAUGUUUGUGCUUUCACUUCAGCAUAGGAUACUAUCUCUGACAUGUUAUGACCAUUUGCCACAUGAGGAUACAACUCAUAACUAGUAGAAGCACUGUUUCAGGGUGAACUGCUGUUCCUCAAAAGAAUUUGGAUCUAUGUUACAUGUUUUUUGGUAAGAGUGAAUGUUUUUGAGCAGAAUUUUGGUAGUAUUUACACUUCUCUUCUAGGAAUGAUUGAAAAACGACUCCCUAAUGGCAUUUGUAUUUUCAAGUAACAGGUGAAAAUCACAGGGUAGAUCAAAUCAGCUUGUGCCUUAUUCUUAUGUAAGUGAAGCAAUGUUUUGUGAGUGGGCUACAAGAUAAAUAGUUGUACUGAUAAAUGCAGUUAAAUCAUUCUCCAGUUGCCCAUAUAUGAGUUUUUUUAAAAGCAGGCUUUUUUGUUUUUAAGCUGCGUCUUGUCUGGUUCAGAAUGACAGCGACACUGUAGUUCAUGUUGACAUUGUACACAUCACCGUUUAGCAAAUUUCACACUCGACAAAUGACCCUGAUCUGACAAUGGGACCAAACUGUAUGGGGUCAAAGGUUACGCUCUGCAGUCUUUCAUUACACAACCUCCACCAGAUCUACAGUACUAGCUAGCAGCAGGAGACUGUUAUUAGAAGGGUAACUACCUGUACAUUUAAUGUUCAUUAAACAUUUUGCUGACAAAGAUUUCUAUAAUUUACACUAGCUAUUUGACUGAUCUUGGAUGCCACUUAUCAAUGUAUAAUAUUGAUAGUGAAUAUAUGUUUUCCUCUAGAAACACUCAUUGUUGUUUUUUGACUUUGUCUGUAAAGCAGAAUCUGUUCUUAUUGCCAUAGACUUUGAUGUGUUUUCAUUUGCUUUUCUCCAGCCAAUGACGAUUUAAUCAGUGAUGUAAAUUGUGUGGAACUGUGUUAACAAUGUGAUAAAAGAGGUUUCAAAAUUAGCAUUUGUUUGUUCUGUAGUUUAAAGGACAAGGAUUACAGUUUGUUUAUUCCUAGAAUAAGAAUGCUCUCUCCGUGCAUAUGAGGAUUAGGCCCAUGUCUUUCUGGCAAACAAGUGAUUACAUCAUUUAUGUGCCUUGCUGUUGGUGCACUGGUCUUACUUGUACAAUAUAGGUCUACAGAUACAUAUAUUUAACUGUUAAAUGGUUACCUGCUUCCGGAAAACUGCUUUUUUUAAAUAGUUGUUGUUACUGUUUUUUUUUUCUUAGAGACUGUAAAUUAAAGAGACACUGUUGACUUUAA